AUGUCCGGGCCAUUUCGUAUCGUUAUUGCUGGCGGUGGCAUCGCUGGCCUCUCAGCCGCCAUUGCGCUCCGUGGUCCUAAUAGGCAAAUCACAGUAUUGGAACAGUCAAGCCUGUGCAAAGAAAUUCGAGCCCUCAUUUCAUUGCAACCUAACGCGUCCAAGAUCCUUCAAUCCAAUUGGGAUUUGAAAAAUGAACUGCACAAUGCCCGAGAGAUGGUAGACGAAGGCUUUCGCAUCCACAACACCGAUGGAACGUUGGUUAAUACCAUUCCCCUUCUCGCAAAGCCUGAAUAUGGCUCAGAUCGGCUCUUGUUUCAUCGGAAAGACCUGCAUGACGUUCUGAAAGACGCUGAUGUUUCACCCGAUCGCGAGGGGGGAGCCUGCCAUCUUGCGGCUAGCAUCGCGGGAAUCGUGACUCUAGAAACCGGGGAAAGGAUUAAGGCAGACUCGAUUAUCGGCGCGGAUGGAAUACAUAGUGUGCUUCGGAAAUAUGUUUUGGGUUCGGAGCCUUGUGCAAUGCCAACAGGUCAUUCUGGUGGUCUUCUCAAGUCGUAUCGUCUGAUGAUUCCCUCUGACAUUCUUGAGGGAAAAGAACCACAAUUUUGCGCAAAAAUAAAUCUUCGUGAUCCAUUCACGUCAAUGAUAGUUGCCCAUGACUGUCAUAUGAUCAUAGGGCCCAGAAGACAAGGCGAGUGCCUGAUGGUGAGUCAUGUUAUUGAUCUAAUGAUUUUCUGGAUCAUCGCUGCUGAUCAUCAUAGACCAAUGAACGAAGACCCCCACGCCAAACAGUCUUGGGUAUCAAAGGGUGAUUUGGAGAAGAUGAAGAAGACUUUUGCCAAUUUCCCAACUUGGGUAACAGACAUCUUCAAACAUUCACCAGAUCUUGGACUUUGGCAGCUUCGGGAUCUUGACCCUCUUGUGACAUGGCACCGAGGCCGAGUAAUUUUGAUUGGUGAUGCUACACAUGAUAUGCUACCAACGCAGGGCCAGGGCGCUAGCCAGGCGAUUGAAGAUGCGGAAGCAUUGGGCGCCUUUUUUGAGGACGUCACAGAGGCACCGCCUUUCCAUUCCCUCACCGAGACUCUUGAGGAUAUCUUCCAGAGCCGGUAUACCCGAGUCAGCCUGAUCCAAGCAUAUAGCCGACAGGCAGCCAAACCUGCGACCGACAAGGGCGCCAAAGUAGUGAACAUGAAACCGGAUGAGUUCAUGGACUACAAUUGUAAGUAUUCCGGGGCAAAGCAGUGGAGAUUGGAGCAACUAGCAAAUUAA